AUGAAGGCGGCACUACGCAAAAUUCCUGCUUGUCAGCGAUGUCACCUGCGGAAGAAGAAGUGUGACUCCAACUUGCCGGCGUGUUCCAACUGUGCCAGUGUCAAUUCUGAGUGCUUGAACUUUGAUAAGAUAUUGGGGAGGCCAAUACCGAGACAUGUGCUUAUAACACCGCUAGAACGCUCUGAAAGUGGCUCGAAGAACUAUGCCACAGAAAUUGCUCUGGAUUUGGCUGCAGAUCGGCCUAGUUUAGACGAGUUGGAUGAAGAAAAGAGGAGUUACGGAUCCCCAGCCUCAGAUCAGCUGGGUCAGAGUAGCGAAAACGGCCGGAAACGGCACAAAACAGACCUUCGGCAGAGCAACAGUACUAACUACGAAACGUUUGACGACGUCAAUACGUUUUCGAUGAGUGUCAACACCAUGUUCUCCGGCCCGGACAAUACGGCCAAUGUGAUCGAUCGGAAUCUCGAAAAUGAAAUGAACGAAUAUGAUUCGAGUACCACGCGAGGCGUCAGAGAAGAAUUCAUAGCCAAUGAGGUGAAGGCAGUGGUAAAGCUUGAAAAUGACGUUCUCAGUGCUUAUCACAAGAAUAUCGUUCGGGACCAGGCCACAGACAUCUCAGCAUAUGAGAAACCUUUAAUGAUGAGGAUUUGCAAGAGAUACUUCACGUGGAUGAACAGCUCUUACCCCGUGAUGCAUGAGAUCUUGACUUAUGAUCUUCUUGAAAGAUGUUGGGGAGGUGAAGCAUCCACAUUAGACUGGUUCCAAAUGAAAAUGUUGAUCGCUAUCGCGCUAGGAUCCAUCAACAGACCCUACAUCUCCCAUUCUGAGAUUGGCCAGGUUUCCAAGAUGUUCUGGAAGUCUGCUAUGACACUCUUUGGCCGUGCCAACACUGGGCUUGCUUCGCUAGAAAAUUUGCAGAAUGUACUCUUGCUAUUACAGUACACUUUGCUAGUGCCAGAAACAGGAAGCUUAUGGCAGCUUUCCGGAACAGCCAUGCGCUUUGCUACCGGUAUGAGUCUCUACCUUGAGCCCACUCCAUCACAGAAGUUUGAUCCUUUAACGUUGGAUUUACGGCGAAGAAUGUUCUGGACCUGCUAUUGCAUUGACAGAACCCUAAGUACUGUGAUGGGUCGCCCUGCUACCGUUCCAGAUUCGUGGAUCACGGCAAAGCUUCCAUCCAUUUAUGAAGACAAACUUAUCACCACCAAAUCAAUCACGCCAGGCCCUGCGUGCAAUCUCAAGGUGGCCAUGGUGGUCCACGUUGGAAUUUGUCGACUCCAGUCAGAGAUACAUUCCCGGCUCUAUGGCCCAGUGGUGAGUCCUGAUGAAAUCGAUGUAGAGGCGCAGACUACAUGGACUUGGCAGAUGUAUGAUCAGUUGAGGUUUUGGCGAAACUCACUAGUUCUUCCUACGCCAUUAAUCAUGAAAGAAUGGACUGACUUCCAAUUCCAUCUACUGGUGGUUUUGCUCUUGCGGCCGCUGCCUAACAGGCCCAAUCCAAGUGACGAGGAGUUGCAUGUGGCAUUCCACUCUGCCGGAGAGGCUAUGAAACUUGUCAAGACAAUGCAUCGAGACCUGCUGGCAGAGUUUUCGUGGCUCACCGUCCAGAAUCUAUUCAUGUGCGGGUUGACUUUCAUCAACUCGCUUCGAGAGUUCUCCAACAGAACGCCCCCCAAAUCCCUCUGUGUUUCCUUCGUCGAUAUCGUUCUACAAGUCCAAGCAUGUACUUCGAUGCUCGAAACGCUUUCGGCAUUGAAAGUUGGAGGUGACGAUAAGAUGCGGAAUGUUUUCGAGGUGGCUUCCUCCAACACACUUCACGAUGUAGUGAAGAACUUUUCCAGUCUGAGAAAUGCUGGACUGUGUCACUGGGAAUUGCUCGCGAGGUCAAACAAUCUUCUGUUGCAGCGACCAGUGGAAAUUGACAAGAUCAGCGUUCCAAUCCAGAAUCAGUCACUUCUCGAACCGUUUGGAGGUGACGAUCCUCGCUAUUACGACUAUGAUGAGAAUCAUUUCUAUCUUCAUGAUACUGAUGCGCAGGUGUCUGGCCAGGAUGCCAGUCCCCACUUGUUAGUUCCGGAUGGGGAAGAGUCGUACUUCAAGGUGUCUAUCUCGCAGAGGAAUUCCAGCGAUACGGAAGUCACUAACACAAUCUUUGGAAUGGAUGGAUUGGCUGCCAUUUCGACCGUUGCAUCCGAAGCUGAGCCAUUGGUGUCUGCUUUAGCAGACUAUGCUGCUGUUCUGGAUCAAACCACGGAGUUGGAACGAUACUUUCUUUAUCCGAUAUGA